AUGUUCCUGGUCCUCCAAGUCCAAGCGGGGAGAGCCUUCAUCCGCGCCGUCCACAGCCACAACUCCCCCAGCCUCGAUUUCAGGGCCCUGCCCGCUCUUUUUGGGCCCCUGCUCCCCACGGAAGGGCUCACGGGGUCCCUGGUUGAAGCGAGCCCCGCAAACGCCUGCCACCCCAUCGAAGGUCCGCCCAAUGCCUCCUCAACCUUCAUAGUGCUCAUCCGCCGAUACAACUGUUCCUUUACCACCAAGGUCCUCCACGCCCAGCAAGCUGGCUUCCACGCUGCCAUCAUCUACAACGUCGACUCCCAGACGCUCGUGAGCAUGGUGAGAGAGCCAGACACCAUGCAUCACAUCCGUAUCCCUGCUGUGUUCACGACAGAUGUGGCCUCCAGGAUCCUGAAGCGGCUUCAUGGCGCCGGCAAGCUGAGCUCGGUGGUCCUGAUGCCCGAAUACUUCCACUUUACCUGGAAGGUGGCUUCUGGGACCACCCAAAUUUCCUCCUCGCACCCCUGCAGGUGUCACAUCCAGCUGCCCGGGCCCUGCUCUCAGCUUUCACUUCUCCACACUUUCUGGUUCUUCUGCAUCCCGGUGUCUGCCUUGAUAGCCGCAUUGCUCAUUGAGAAAUACCUCUUGAGGUGCCACAGGUGGAAGGUGGGGAGAAGUUUCCGCCUCCAAGGAAACAGGGGGGAGCUGCUCACCUUCUCCUUCCCCAGCUCCAGGUACCAGGAAUGCGCCAUCUGCUUGGAGAAGUACGUUGAGAGGGACAGCCUGAAGGUCCUUUCCUGCUCGCACGCAUUUCAUAGCAAGUGCAUCGACCUCUGGCACAUCACCCAAGCCAGGAGCAAGACCUGCCCUCUCUGCAUGCAGAGGGUCAUGGUGGUCACCCGUUUGCAAGCG